AUGUCUAUCUGGAUCCCUAUACCUGCGGGGGUCCCACCCCCUGCCCCCAUAACCAGAGACACAACGCCUCUAGUCCUCGAUGAGGCAACCCGCGCCCUGUACACCCGCGCCAUCACCGAUCCGGACUUACUAACCGAUCACGAACGCCGACUCAUUACCAACCGCCCGCCACCAGAGAAGGAAGACGAGCUCUGCCGAGGUGCCUGUGGACUGUCCAUGGACGAGCUAAUGGCCAAAGCAAUCAACAGUAAACUCAACGAUACCAAUAACACCGAUAACGACAACAACAAGGAGGACAAUCUUAUCAGUCUUACCGACCUCGCCCUGAGCGAACUUGAAGCCAGGAUCCUAAUAGUCGGCGUAUUCAGCGCAGUCCAGAAGAAAACGCUCGAGUUCAUAAACGAGAUGGCGCGACUCAGUCCUGAAGACUGGGACCUCAGGGAGCGAGCGAUGCAGGCAGCGGAGACUGAGGAUGUCCGGGCUGCGAGAGAGGUGGCGAUGGCUGUUCAGAAGCGAUGGAGAGGCGUGCGGCAGGCGGCGAGAGAGGCGAUGAAUGAUGACGAUUACAGGAAUCUCAAGGCCGCGAUGAAGGUCCCCUGGCAGGACCACGUGCUUGUUUCCAGUUCGACCGCAAGCGAUCGAUUUGGCUUGGUAGUAUUCUACUCGGAAAAUGAAGAAGACGAACAAGGAGCGGGAGAAGGCCGUCUUGCUUCAUACAAAUCCCAGAUCGAGACGGCUAUAUACCACGCCUUGCACUAUCUCCGCAAAGCCAUCAAGGACAAGACAAGGGCCCGGUUCGCCUUGCACUGGGUGGCUGUUCCUUCAACGUCAGGUGAUGAGGAUAGAGGGAGCGACGUUGUGGACCCGAAGACACUAGGGAGCCGAUUUCGCACAAUGCUGUCAAAUUCCGAGAUCCCCGAUGGCUUUCGACGUGACGCCUUCCUGUAUGUGGAUAAUGAGGCGUUCGCAUCGCGCGAAACGGCGAGACCGUAUGUUUGGUUAGCUGAGCCUGAGCCUGAGCCUGUACUCCAACAUGAGGCUGGGACUGGAGCUCAACCAGCGCUAAAGGUUGACAUCAAACAUAUCCCAACACUGUUUGCGCGGCUGGUCCAGCGCGAUCUCCAGGGCGAGGCGAAACAGAAGCCCUAUCGGUAUACCUCGGAGCUGAGCCAGUUGCAUCAUGCGGUCACGGUUUCGUAUAGAAAGUGGGAGGGGCGGGAAGGGGAUGGGAUUUGGCCGCCACCUUUUCGAAUGCAGUAA